CAUCCGCGUUCGGCGUGUCCGCCAUUGUGCCGUCCACACAGUUCGUCGCCCGAAUCACCGUGCCGUGCGUCCCUGGCAAUAUCGCCGUAUUAUCGUGUUUAAACUGUCCCUAAAAGCCGACAAAAUAAGUAAAAUAUCUGUAAUAAUGGCCGACAGAUCGAGCAAUGGUGAAUAUAAGUAUCAGCGGGAGGACAGCAGCGAGAGCAAGCCGAGGAUACCGCUCGAGAAGGAGCGCGAGGAGAAGGAUCACCAGGCCGACAAGGCUGGGGAAUACGUCAGGGAACUCCUGCAGGAGAAGUUGGAGCUCGAUGGGUCCAAGUGGCCCAACGCCCAUCGCCUCAUCGAUCAAGAAAUUCAAAAGACACAAGCUAUCGGGAAACCCUUGAGAGACCCGAAGUACGUUGAUAUUUAUCGAGAAAAACCGAUAAGAGUAGCGGUCAAGGUCCUGGUGCCUGUUCGUGAGCAUCCAAAGCAGUUCAACUUUGUCGGGAAAUUGCUGGGCCCCAAAGGAAACUCGAUGAAACGUUUACAGGAGGAAACAAUGUGCAAGAUGGCGGUUUUGGGACGUGGCUCAAUGAAGGACAGACAAAAGGAGGAGGAAUGUCGCCAAUCGCUGGACCCGAAAUACGCCCAUCUCUCGGACGAUCUUCACGUUGAAAUUGCUGCUCUCGCACCCCCAGCGGAAGCUCACGCUCGCAUUGCUUUCGCCCUAGCCGAAGUCCGGAAGUACCUUAUCCCUGACAACAACGACAACAUCCGGCAGGAACAGAUGCGCGAAAUGGAGUUAACCAUGGCCGACGAUCCGUCUGCCGGCGAAGAGAGGCGACCUUCGGCCAGGGGCGGUGGAAUCCUCAGGCCCAGCAGCCGACCGACGGUCCCAAGGUCAUCCAGGGCAGCCAUUCUGCCGCCGCCGUCGAGCCGGGGGCCGAUAACGCGACCAGUGCCGGCGAAGACCAAGGUCUUUUCGAUACUGGAUCGUGCCAGAGUUGCGAUGGACCAGAGUUACGGAACCUCUUCCCGUAGGUACGAGGCGCCCACUCCACCGCCUAGCAGCCGGGUCGCGUCUCAUCACGAUUACGACUAUCAUCCCUCGUCUUCAUCGAGCAGCCGUUACGCCGAUCGACAUUACACCUCAUCCUCCGCGGAUGAUCUGUAUCCUUCUUCGAGAUAUACAACGUAUGAAUACGAGGACGACGCUGUGCCCCAUUCAUCGCAUGAUUAUUACGAAUCGUCGGAGUAUCCAGGUGUAUAGAAGAUCCUUGAUCGCGUGGGAACGCGUACUUGCCGAAAAAAAACUUCAAAAGUUUUUGGUCUCUCUGAGGCGUCGGACCAUGAAGUGCCUUAAUGUAAGUAUACUGCCGUGAUUUCAGCUCAAUGAUAUCAACCAAGCAACUUAUCCAACAGCUCGAAAGACCGCUAAAUUAUAUUUUGACUAUGCUGUAUCAAGUCGGAAUGAAGAAUGGCCAAUUUUCUCUUCGUCACCUGCACGUGUUGAACCUUUCUUCGUUUCUAUCUUUUUUUGGUAUUUCUUUACCGUGGUGCAAUCUGGCAAAUUAGAUUCGGGGUCGCGCGGUGAACAUAAAUAAUUCAACUGUCUUUCCAUCUCCUCGGUAACUUAUUCAGUAUUUGAAGAUGAAAAUAAAUAUUAGUCUUGAAUUUCAAGAGACUUUCAUCCCACAGUAGCACGGAUUUGUUCACGCGUUUUUACGGCCUCUCGAAAGCUGUUUCGUUUUGAUCCGUCAGCCGAUUCUUGUUAGAAGCUUUUCGAACGAUCGUGUUACAUGCAGCACCGUUGCUAUUUAUCUAACUUGCCUAAACUAUUAGUCACUUUUUCACAUCGAUCGCUGAAUACAUUAUGAGCUGGUUUUUUGCUAUAGCUGCAGUUUGACGAACCUUCUUUUCUCAAAUCUUGUAUUCCAGCUUGUAAUUUGUGUGAUUUUUAUUACAACUUAGAAGCCUGCUGGUUCAAGUUUAUCAUGAUUUUUAAAUUUUAAGCGUGGCUUGAAGACGUUGCUAAUGGAUUAACAAGCAUGAAAAACCCAAGUUUGGAUAUGUUUUUGUUUUAAAUUAAAGAAAACUUGGUUUCAACGGUAUCAUUGAGCACCAUGGCGAAGCUAUAAGUAAUAUUGAAGUAAUCUUCCGCUUCUUAAUUCUCAAGGAGAUUACCAUUCGAUUCCUUGUCAUUGUCGUUUGCCAUUAUUUGACAAGACUGAUAUUUAUGAGAUAGAAUAGUGUAUUUCCAGGUCGAAGAUUCAUGGGGAACCAACACACAUGGACACGUCUCGCGCGGACGUGUGAUGUUUUACAUUAUACGCAAAAACGGUGCAGACGCUACUGCAACGUUAAUAUAUAUGUGAUGACUUAUUUAAUGAUAAAAUAUUUAAAAAAAAAUAAUAAAUCGUUGUGACAUUAUAUUUAUACGAAUAUA